AUGGCUGGAAAAAGAAAGGGCAAGAAAAAGAAGAUUAACAAAUCAAAAUCCCGUUCACCUCCACCAUCCCCAAGAAACAUUGAAGAAACCAUUUGCUGUGCUUGCCUGAAAAUAGAACCUCCAGACCAGAUUCGACGUUUCCCAGACAGACCCUGGAUUCAGUGUGAUAUAUGUAAUCAGUGGUGGCAUCUUGAAUGUUCUUAUCUACGGAUAGAAGACCUGUACAAAAUAGAUAAACACAAAAUACUCUUCCCAUGUGCAUUGUGUGUAGUUGAACACUCUCCUUGGAUAAGAUUUGUUAAAUCAAAUACACAAAAAGAAGAUAAUCAGCAAAAGAGCCAGGCUGAUGUAAGUAUUCAAACUGAUACGAUUCCAGCUCCUGAACUUAUCGCUCUUCAGCAGUCAGAAGUAUCUACAUCAAGCAGAAAAGACAAUAGUACGGAAUCAAUAAAGCACAAACCCGAUCAAACAAACAAAGAACCAGCAACUUUUAAAGAGGACCUCAGUAAAAACUGCCUCAUCAUUGAUGGUAUCUCGUCACCUUCAAAAUUCAAAGAUAGUAGAAUCAUACGCGAAGAGAUUGCAAAACAGAAAAAAGUGGAGAACAUCAGCAACUGGAAAGUACAAGAAGAAGCUUACUUAAACACAGAUCAUAAACUCAUAACAUUUCAACUGGGUGAAAAAGAGACCUGGAAAGCUGAAGAAAGAUGGGAUUUUAAAAAUGCCAAUUGGUUAACCUGGGAAAAAGAAACUUCAGAGAGAUUACAGUCAUGGAUUGAACAACAAACAAACUCAAGUGUGGAUGUAAUGUAUGCAUCUCUAGUAGAGACUCUUCUCAGCUGUGCAGAAAAUGUGAUACCUAAGAAGAAGAUUUGUCCACAUAGCAAAGGUUAUUGGUCACCUGAAUUAAAUGAGCUCAACAAAAAGUUCAAACAGGCAAAAAGAAAAUUCCAGGUAAGGUCAGAUCCGGCUAAUGAACGUGCAGUUAGUAUUUCAAGACAGGCAUUCCAGGAAGCUAUAGAAAAGGCAAAAACUGCAUACCUUGACCUACUGACACAUGAGCUGGAUCCUAGGAAACCAGAGAAGUUUUGGAAAAUAAUAAACAAACAUAGAAGUGAUGAAUCCAAGUGUGCAGUCCAGCCUAUUGUUAAAGAAGACUUAUCCUUAGCAGUAUCUGAUGUGGAGAUUUUUCAAGAAAUGAAACAAAAAUAUGGUAAAGAAACACUCGAAGUGAAAGAAAAGUGCCAUACACAUUACUACCAAAUUGAAAAUCAAGUUGAAACCAUUGAAAAUGAUGAAAGAAUGUCUCUGGUGAGAGAUCCACACACAAUGGAAAAUUCAGACAUAACACUUGAUGAAGUAGAAUCGGUAUUAAAAGAAUUUGACAAGAACAGUGCACCAUGUCCAGAAGAGAGAAUUUUUGGGGUAAUGUUGAAAAAUUGUGGCGAAUUACUAAGCAAAAGUCUGCUUUUCUUGUUCCAAAGAUGCUGGGAGAGAGGUAAACUGCCAGGCGGUUUUAAAACAGACCCAAAAAUAAUGCUACCAAAGCCUGGAAAAGAAAACUACAAUACAGUUAAAUCAUACAGACCUAUAACAUUAGAAAGCAUCAUUGGAAAAUUACUUGAAAAAAUUAUAAAAAAGAGACUAACAUGGAAACUUGAAACAGAACAAGCAGUGUCAAAAUAUCAGAAUGCAUAUAGGAAAAAUAAGUCUUGUACGCAAUCCCUACUACGUAUUGUACAAAGCAUACAGGAAAACAACAAUAAGGGUGAAAAAUCAGCAUUAGUCAUCAUGGACUAUGAAUCAUGCUUUGAAAGAGUUUGGAGGGCUGGUCUACUCCAAAAGGCAUUCAACAGCAACAUUCGUGGAAGACUUUGGAUAUACUUGAAGGAGUUCAUAACCGACAGAAAAUACUACCUAAAGGUAAAUGACCACAAGUCUCCGUUAAUCAUUUCUAAAGUAGGCAUUCCACAGGGGUCUGUUCUGAGCCCAACACUCUGCAACCUCUACACAAGGGACAGCAUGGAUGGAGUGACCGGACAUCAUACAGAAUUUGCAGAUGAUGCCAGCAUAUGGAACAGUGACAAGUCAAUUGAAAACGCCAUUGAAAAAACAAAUGAAGAUCUUCAUAAGAUUAAUAUAUGGUGUGAUCAAUGGAACAUGAGCAUAGCCUCUGAAAAAACUAAGGCAAUCCUAUUCAAAACUGACAUUGAACCCUUUAAGAAGUUGGUUUACAAUAAUAUUCCCAUUGAGCUGGUUCAAAACAAAAAAUUGCUAGGGGUAACCAUAGACAACAACUUGUCAUUCAACACCCACAUUCAUGAGAAGUCAAUGGCUGGCUACAGGGCACUAAAAGGACUUGAUUGUUUCACAAGUAAAUACAGAGGUUGCACACAGACUACAUAUAUGAAACUCUACAAAGCCUUGGUCUUGCCAAUUUUGGACUUUGGCUUACCUGUACUGGUCACUCAAACUGACCAAUGCAUACGCGCAUUUGAACCGGUCCAACGCAGCGCCAUGUUAAAAGCUAGUGGAUGUUUACCAAGUACAAGCACAGAAUCAUUGGAACUAUUAACAAAUACCCUACCAAUGAACAUUCACAUUAAGUUGAGACAAGCAGAGGAACUGGUCAGAAUUGUAGCCAAAAGAGAUGAAGAUCCACUGAAAGCAGACUUUAACAAGUGGAUGUCAAAUAGGUCAAGUUUUAGAGGGAAACCUACAACAUUUGCGCUUCUAAUGUGCCGCUACACAGAACUCAAAGACAAAAUCAAGCUAGAAAAUAUAGAGAAGGAAUUUGAGUACAACGUGAAGUACAUUGGUCUUUCUAGGACACGCGAAAAGGUUAACUUCGAACAAUUCACUGUGGAUAAGGAAACCCAGACAGCAAAUAUAGCACACAUACUAGAUGCUAGCUCUGGAGGAGACAUCCUAGUGUUUACAGACGGCUCUUCACUGGGUAACCCAGGCCCUACCGGUGCGGGUGCUGCCAUCUAUCUUGAAGGAUACAAGACAAAUCCAGUUUUGUUAAAUAAGGGCGUGUCAAAACUUGGCAACAACUUUUCUGGCGAAAUGGCGGGUAUUGAACUUUCACUGGACUUUCUAACAGCUACAACACCACAAAGAAAAAACAUUCACAUAUUCACAGACUGCCAGGGAGCAAUAUCAACAGCAUUUUCAAGAGAGAUUCCCAAGAACAAAAUUGAAACCGUUUUUAACAUUAAAACAUCUGUAACAAGUUUAGAGGACAAUGGUAAUACACUCCAUGUGCACUGGAUACCUGGCCAUAAAAACAUAGAGGGAAAUGAGCUGGCUGACGAGCAGGCAAAAAAAGGGGCUAAGAAGGCAGCAGAAUUUGAUGAAGCAGAAUUCGAUGAUGAAAAGAAAGAUGCAGGUGAAGUCAUGCAAAUGAUGAAAAGAAAAGCAAUUAAUGAAAAAUGGUCAGCCCAAUACCGUAACUCUGAGAGGUCUUCCGCCAUACAUGACAUCUUUGUCACACCCGGGGUAAGAAACUGCGUUGGUGAAAAGAAAAGAAAAUGUUUCAGCCAAAUCAACCAACUCCUAAGUGGUCACACCCGGUUGAAAGAUCACUGGGCAAAACAGACACCAGACCAAACAGACAACUGUUGCAGUGUCUGCCAAGUUCCUGAAACCAUAGACCACUUCUUAUUCCACUGUAAAAAGUAUGAUGAAGCUAGAAGAGGACUGGAAGAAAGAACUAUGCAAAUACUAUACAGAUAUUGCAUACCCAAAGUAGCAAUUACGUUGGGGUUAUUAGCGGGUGAAAUAGAAGAAAUAACGAAUACCUGUGCGAAAGAAGAACUGAUGGAUUCAUUAAGCUUAUAUCUGUCAGAAACAAACAGGCUAUAA